GGCAUCAUUCCACAUAUGAAAGACGGCAUCAACUUUGCAUCGGGAGGGUCAGGGCUGCAGAACCAAACGGGCGAUCAUUGCGGAGGAGUCUACAGCAUGGCCGACCAACUGGAGGAGUUCAAGUUGGUCGUCAUGAUGAUGGGGAACGGCUCGUACGACCUCAUCUCCAGAUCACUCUUCUUCAUCAGCGUCGGCAGCAACGACCUGUUCGAGUACGCCGAUGCCAAGAACCCGCCCCCUAACCGCAACGACACCGCCUUCCUGAAAUGCCUCGUCGACUCUUACAGGACCUACCUGCAGGAGUUGUAUGCGCUCGGGGCGAGAAAGUUCAGCAUCGUCAGCCCAUCGCUGGUGGGGUGCUGCCCGUCGCAGAGGGCGGCCGCGCUGGAACAUCACAAUGACUUCGACGAGUUCCACUGCUUCCGCCCGGCGAACAACCUCUCCAAGCAACUCUACACUUUGCUAGCCUCGACGCUCCAGGACCUCGGCGGUGAUCUGGACGACAUGCACUACUCCAUCUGCGACUCGGCAGGGAUGGCCGAGGCGGUCUUCGCAACCGGCGGCGCAAAAGGCCACAACCUGGUGGUGGACACGGCCUGCUGCGCCGGCCCAGGGCCGUUCGGGGUGGGCCUGUGCAACACCUCCGCCACGCUAUGCCCCAGCCGCGCCGACUUCCUGUUCUGGGACAGCUUCCACCCGACGGAGUAUGCGUCGGGCUUGGCCGCGUCCGCGCUCUUCAACGACCCCGGUGAAUUCGUCCGCCCGAUCAACGUGGGGCAGCUGGUGGCACUGUAGUGUGGAGAACCGCGAGCGAUCUAUCUGCCCGUGCUCGGGCGACGGACGACU